AUGGAGUUAUCUCAAAAUACCAAAAUUAACUUAUCAUAUCUCGGUUCACUUUUAAUAGCUGCUGCCAGCGGGACGCAAUAUUUAUUUGGUACUUUUAGCACAGAAUUACAAGAGAAAUUGAAAUUUAAUUCUGUUCAAAUAAAUACUAUUGGAAGUGCAGCAAAUUAUGGAUUUUUCUUGAGCAGCCCAUUCUUUGGCCAUAUUGCUGAUAAUUAUGGAUCGAAAAGAAUUUGUCUGAUGGCAGCAAUCCUUAGUUUUACAAGCUAUUUAUGUGUUGCAUUAACUUACAACGGAACUUUACCUUUGCCAACAUUUUUAUUAUGCGCCAUUUAUUUAUUUUUUGCAGGAAUGGCAUCUUCAGCUGGAAUUUUAUCAGCACUUACUACGAUCACCAGAAAUGUUUCGAUUCUAUCAACAUUUCGAGGAAUCGCUUUGAGCACUCCAUUGGGAUUAUUUGGACUUUCUGCUUUCAUGUUUUCACAGUUCAAUAAUUUAUUUUUCAGAACAAAUACUUAUCAUUUCUUACUUUUUGUCGCAAUUACUGUUGGGUUAUGCCAAUUUAUUGGAAAAGAUUCAUGCGUAGAAAAUUCAACAAAUAACUCUACUGCGAAAACUAAAAUUAACAACAAUAGUAGCAAGAGUAAUAUUGUUAUCGUUGAUGAAAAUGACAAUAAUUUUAUUAAUGAACGCACGCCACUUUUACCUGAUGCAGUCCAUGAACAUAAUGAAAUUAGUAGUUGGGGUCUGUUCCAAAAUUUCGAUGCACAGCUAUUAUUUCUAACAUUAUUCUUCAUUGGCGGAAGCGGACUAAUGUACAUUAAUAACGUUGGCAUCAUUGUCAAAACGCUUUAUUUUUCUUCAAUCGAUACCGAUAUUUCCAACCCAUAUCAUGAACGAGAAAUACAACGAUUACAAAAUCUACAUGUUUCUAUAAUUUCAGUUUGUUCUUGUCUUGGGAGAUUAUCAGCAGGAUUUUUUUCCGACAUCACAAAAUAUGCUUAUAAUAUUAGAAGGUUAUGGUUCAUUAUCAUUUCAGGAAUUUUGUUGUUAAGUGGUCAAUUUAUAGCCGGAUUUUUGUUCAAUGAUUUGAAUAUUAUUAAAAUCUCUAGUGUAUUUGUUGGAUUGGGGUUUGGCUUCAUGUUUGGUAUAGCUCCUACUAUUAUUAGUGAAUGGUUUGGUCAUGCCAGAUUUGGAUCUAAUUGGGGAUUCAUGUCAUAUGCACCAGCUUUUGGAGGGCAAUUAUUAAAUUUAAUAUUUGGGCUUAAUUUGGAUUACCACGCCGAUAAAAAAGAUUGCAAGGGUGCAUCAUGUUAUUCUACAGCUUUCUAUUUUAGUAGCGCUGGAUGUAGCUGA